GAGCUUCUGAUCCUAACACCUGUAACUGCCAAUGGUCCGCCAUCCUUCUUGAACACACUCCACAGAAAAUGAUCGCCAAAGACAGAAAAGCUCUGUUCAAGUCUCCACCAACUGUAUUCACAGACAAGCUUAUCUCCCAGGAGACGCGUCGAUCCAAGGCUUUGGAAGAACAGAAACGCAGACGAGCACAAAAGUUCGAUUCCUCCAGGCAACUAGAUUCUUUCGCCGAUCUCAAUCUUGGGAACUCUGAUGAUGAUGGUGACCUCGAGCACGAGCCAGAGAUAAUACGUGAAGGUGUCUCCGGCUUUGUGCAGAUGGUGUCACAACCUGUGGAGAACCCGUCCGUGUCCUCCGAUGCGCACAAUGGUCAUGAGACAAUACAGUCGGGAAGGCGACAAAGGAAAAACAAGCGUAAACGCGUCAAAGCCAAACCGUCCAAAUGGGCUGACAAAUGCAUGUAUGCUGAGCUCCUGGAGAUGAAUGAAGAGGCUCAUUUGUGGGACAACCAAUCCGGUGAUGUCAUCGAUGGCCUUCCACGCGAUCUAGAGGCAGGUUGGGUAGCAGUGGCACCAGUUCCUGCUGGGAAACGAUGCCUGGCUAUCACUCAUCAGUCGGCCGGAGUAGUUGGAAUAUCGCCAAAUACGACUCUUAGAUCUCGAGUAUUGGGCAAGAUGCUUCUUCCCCGAUUUCCGUCCUCCCUCCCGCCUCUUACAGUGCUCGAUUGUAUACUCGAUGUCAACUGGAGAGACAGCGGCAUCAUUCAUGUCCUGGACGUGCUUAAAUGGAAGGGUCAAGAUGUCGGCGACUGCGAGACCCCUUUCAGGUUUUGGUGGAGAGAUACCCGCUUAGCGGAACUUUCAAAGCCACCGCUACCAUCUGGAACUUUUUCAUUUACACCACCUUCCGUGACAGCAGACACUUCGUCUCAAAACGCCGGAUCAUCGAAUAUGUCCACUUCUGAGCACUAUCGUUUUCCAUAUCCAACGUCUUUUGUACCAAUACCAUAUCACACCGACACGACAUUGACUUCCCUGUCUUCGUUUGUCAUCCCUAUGGCGCGCCUAACGCGAGAAAUCAGUGUGGAUAUCCCUGUGCACGUCUCACCACCAGAAUUUACUUCUCAUGAUAUGGCCAUCGAUGGCACUCAGGAUUCUGUCCUUUCACGAUCCACCACACCAGUUGUUGUGCGCGUGGACUCUGAUGGGUUAUUGUUGUAUGUGUCUCAUGCAAGCUAUGAGGAGGGAACCAGUCCCCUGAGCUGUUGGAUACCCAACAAGGCGAUUACAGAGCGUCCGGAACAUCCCAGUGGUUUAAAAGGAGACGACAGCCCCCUGGAUCUGUUCCAGCGCCUGGUCCAGCGCCGCACUGUGAGAAAUAUUCACGCAGGUCUCAGUGUACAAGACUCUAUGGACAUAUAGACACAUGUCCCACCACAAACUAUCUGAUUCACCGUCCCGUCAUCCAUCCGUCAUUCAUUACACAUUUCCACUCUACUGCGAAGGUCGUCGCUAUUUUAUCAAUUAUGUUCAUAAAUCACACUCUUUCGAAAACGCAAAUAUUUCUUACUAUCCUUACUAUCCCUGCUGUGGAGACGCAGGUCAUAUGAUUUUCAUGGCAGAGACGGUGACGACAGUCUCAUCGCAAGUUCGGCCCAACGUGUCUCUGGGAAGGCAAAAUUUGCAGCACUGGAUGCGUAUGUGUUUGGGAUAGUCACAAGGGUAUCAAAUGUGCAAGCUAUCAAUGACUAUGUG